ACGGAAGUACGGCUUCCAAACAGAUUCCCGUUGGAAGAGUAAAAUCCAGAAGAUCGUGUUUCUGUCACUAAAUCAGAUUAAAUCAGAUUAAAUCAGAUUCAAUCUUGGACUAAUUGUUUCUCAUUAGGACGAUGGGCACUAGAGAUGACGAAUAUGAUUAUUUGUUCAAAGUGGUCCUUAUCGGUGACUCGGGGGUGGGAAAGAGUAACCUGCUGUCCCGUUUCACCCGAAAUGAGUUCAACCUGGAGAGUAAGAGCACCAUCGGAGUCGAGUUCGCCACGCGCAGCAUCCAAGUGGACGGCAAGACGGUGAAGGCCCAGAUCUGGGAUACGGCGGGCCAGGAGCGCUACCGUGCCAUCACAUCAGCGUACUACCGCGGGGCGGUCGGUGCUCUCCUGGUCUACGACAUCGCCAAGCAUCUAACUUAUGAGAAUGUGGAGCGCUGGCUGAAGGAGCUGAGAGAUCACGCCGACAGCAACAUCGUCAUCAUGCUGGUGGGCAACAAGAGCGACCUGCGUCACCUCCGGGCCGUCCCCACCGACGAGGCGCGGGCUUUUGCUGAGAAGAAUGGUUUAUCUUUUCUGGAGACGUCGGCUCUGGACUCCACCAACGUUGAGACGGCCUUCCAGACCAUCCUGACAGAGAUCUACCGUAUCGUCUCCCAGAAGCAGAUGUCGGAGCGUCAGGAGAGCGACAUGUCCCCCAGCAACAACGUGGUCAACAUCCAGGUGCAGCCCACUGAGAACAAACCAAAGAUGCAGUGCUGUCAGAACAUCUAGCCCCGCCACGGAUCUGCUGCUACCCCCUCCUCCCCCCCUUUUUUCUCCCCCUCUUUCCACGGUCCUCGCCUCCCUGCCUCCCUCCUUAACCCCACCCCCCACCCCAGCUCACAGCUCCCGAAAGCCCGCCCUCAGAUAAUAGACUGCCUCAGCGUACUGUGUGGUGUGGGAGGGACGAGCCACAGCUUUUCAAGGCUGUGACCCGAACUCUGCACCUAUCUGUACCUGCCUCCCCCCACCCAAACCCCCUUCCUCCUCCCCUCCCCUGCCCCAGGUAAAUAUAUCCCAGUAUAAGAAGUCACCGCGUGGGGUGGCCCCCCAAGCAGAGCCCCUCUGUCGUUAGGCUACUGCAGGACAGCAGGCAGCAGGCAUUUCAUAUCACUUUAGAUUUCAUUACUGUAGAUGCGCUGUCACAAAAAUGUCUUAAUAUAUGAAUGUGAUUCUGUUUUCUUCUCUUCAUCCUUUGUGCUCAUGUUGAUUUCUCCACUUUUUUUUAUGAUAUUUCUCUGUCUCGUAUCAUAUAUCUAACUACUAGGUAUAUAUGACUUUAAAGCACAUCAAAGUUGCUCCUAUAUACAAGCUUCUCCUCUCGUCAUUUUAGCCCCCCCGCCCCUCUCCUCUUUAGUGCAAUGUACUGUUUUUGGAAACCACGUUGGAUGUACGGAGCGCAGCGUAGACGCGUGUGCUCCGGUAGUGUCAUGCCAUUUGAUCUGAUUGCUGUGAAUACGACGCUAGUGAAACGUAGAUUUGCAAAUUUGCCGAGCUUCAGUUAGCGCAGCAGGAAAAAAAAGGUUUGGGUGUGAGCUUGCAUGCAGCGCGCCGCCUCGCGAGCGCCGUGGUGGUCACCGUGUUUACAGCAGGUGGCAGGUUGGGGCCAGCUUUGCAUGUCUUUAAAAAGAUGGCACUCUGCUGUGCUGCAUGUUUUAAUCAGGUGAAAGACUCAACCUGGACUCUAUGUUGGAACACUAUCAUUGCCUUGAAGGGUGUGUGAUUAUUAUUAUUUUUGUUGUUUGUUUUUUUUAAGGCUGUCACCGUGAAAGCUGAACACAACUCCUGUACAUUUUCAUGUUGUCCCUCUUUAAGUCUGAGUGGCGUCAUACAGAGGAAGUCACGCUUCUACUGAGAAGGAUUUUCUGAUGGAAGAUUAGUCCGUUAAGGCUUUCCCUGCUCCAACAUUAGGAGAACAGUAUGCAUUCAUUUUUGACAUAUUUGACUACAACUAUGCAGAAACUAGCACAUGGCUGUUUGGAUUUUGUUUUCUUAGUGCACUUCUAUAGCAAAUGAAGGAAUUAAAAUACAGCAAAAGUAUGAGUAACUGAGGUAGUAUUCUCGUAUGACAUUCUUAUGAUACUCAAUAAUAUUAUAAUCGAAACUCUCCUGUUGUCUAGCAAAUUAUGCUUAGCAUGUAACCACAGAACUGUAGUUAGGAUGCACUGAGAAAGAAGUAAAUGGAAAUUGUCUUUCACCCACGAGGUUGGAUUUCAUGAGCGUGUCAAACUCUUGCACUGAUCCUUAAUAGUUGAUCUAGUAAACAUGCUUUCUUGUCUAGGAUUAGAUUUUUACUGCACAUUGAGAAUCUGGACCUGUUUUCUCAGAUUGGAUGGACCGUUUUUUUUUUUUUUUUUUAAGACGGAGCCACUCUUCAAAAAACCAAAAUAUGUAAAGUUCAGCACUGCAGAACAUGUGCUGAGUCUCCAGAGUCUUUCCUUCAAUCCCUCUAACUGACAGAGAAGUUUCUCACCCGGAGGAAAAACUCGUGGGAUUCAGCCACAUUCUCGCUAACUUCUGGUCACAGUGCCUCCUUCACCACGCGUACCUGUCCGAAAACGCCUCUCAUUCACCUGCUAACAACUCACCACCAUACCCACCUCCUCCUUAACCCAUAACCCUGCUCGGUCUGUCCCUCGAGGAGACAGACGGCUGUGUUGUCCCCCGUCACAUUAAGCCUACGUACACCGAGCUGCCUCUGACUUUCAACACAAUGCAUGGCUUUCUGUACGACUGCGACUCCACGUCGUAUCGCCUUACUGUAUGUAGCUAACAUUGUCAUUACUGUCCAUAUUGGUUAAAUCUGCUGAGGGUUAGGCUCGGCUAGCUAGGAUGACAUUCUUAACAAGCUCAUCGUUUGUGCCCAGUCCAGUCAGUGAACUGACCGACGCCUCGCUAACAACCUACUUGCUAAAACUCCCCGAGUGUGUGUUCUGUCGCAGGUUAUAGUGUCAGUGUGUGACGGUGUUAGCAGACACAUACGAUGCCUGCACUUGGUGUGUGUGUGUGUGUGUGUGUGUGUGUGUGUGUGUGUGUGUUUAGAGGCAGAGGGUAGAUCGGUAGCUCUGGAGCGAGCGAGCCUGGCUGGCAGUGCCAAUGGCGUUUUUUUUGUUGUUGGAACAGACGGCGCCGCCAGCCGAGCGUCUCCAGACUCACUAGCUGGCAAUCUGUUGAAGAAGUGAUUCCUUUUUUCUGAAAAUAUGAUUUCUGAUCCUGUUUCACGUACCUCCAUUGUUCUGUGUUUUUUUAUUUUAAAGUGUGUUUUGAUUAUUUCUUUUUUUUUACUAUAUUGAAUUCUAUAACUGACUGUAAUUCCAGUGUAAACGUGUAAGAGUGAAAUGAUGUCAUUUCAAUGAAUUUGGAGAGUUAAAUGUGAGAGGGGGGUCAAAAUGAAUGGUUUUAUGUUUUGUACAGAUUGAUAAAUUGUACAAUUGUGUCUAUAUCUUAAGUUAUCAGUUCAUCUUAAUAAAGCGCACCAGUCAUAAACCUUUA